AAUCGAAACUAUCAAUUGCAUCCACGCCUUCUCUACUUUCACAAAGUUGCAUUUUUUUCCUAGCCCAAAAGCGUUGCAUCUCGCGUCGCUCGUUGACGGAUGGACUCUUGAAGAAAACGCUCACGGAGUGUAGAAGACGACAGCAAAAGUCCCAAUAACAAAAAACAGAAAUGGGAGGCAAACCCAACCCGCUCUUAAGCGUGCAUCUCACGUACGGCCAAAGCCACCCUAUCGCACCGAACGCUGGCCGAUGUUUGUGUGCUUUUCUCGCUAGGUUUGACUGAGCGCCCCGCCGGUGACACGGGGCCGAUAUUUUUUUUGGCAGCCGGCCAGCAGUAGCUCAAUUUCAGCUAUGCACCGUCCGCAGUACACAUCGACUCGAACCGGGCGCAUGCGUCACACCAAUCGUUGUCCUUCGACGUGUGCGAAUUCGAGCAGCUGUUUUCGAGCAGUGCCCAAACCGGGGAGCUUUCCCAGCAGCCGAACGCCGGAACGAAGACGCCGUUCGGGCAUUGCUUGGGAGGGUGAAGAAGUUCCUUUCGCUAAAAUCCGCCGCACCGAGUGACCGAACCGAAACAACGGCAGCCGUUCCGACGAGGGAGAUCAGGUUCAUCAGGCUCCCUUUUUUCAGUUAACUGCGAUACCUCGUGGCAACCGGUCGAAGCAAAGCAGGCGUCGCUCUGUUGUGGUCGGUGUUCCCGAGAGUGUGUGUGUCGGGUGAUAGGCGUGUGGUCGGUGUCGAGUUUUUUUUCCCGAAACGCUUUUGGGCUAGUUUGUGGGGCUGAAGGAGAAGGUGUGUGUGUGCGAGUGUGCGAGUGUACGUGUGUCAAGGCUAAGUAAUUAAAGUUUAAGAAUUCCAUUUCAACUCCAAAAUAUUUCAAUCGAUAGCUGAAAUAAGCAGUUUCUCAGACAAAAUCAGGAUCGUGUUCAGUGUUCAAAAAUGAAGCAGCUCGUGCGAAAGCCCCAAAAUGGCAGGUGACUCAGUGAAAUUGUGCUUCUAACCGGAAGCCUUUGCUCCUGCGAAGAAACCAUACUUGUGUGUACGAGCGUUCUGCGCCAAGUGACAACAGCGGAAAGGCGGACGCGCACGUUCGCACCCGUGAAUGAAGGUGAAUAAAAGCCGUGGAAAAUCAGUUAUCAAAGCAGCAAUUAAAGCCAAAACCCGGAUGUGAGGUGUGUCGAAGUGUGGAGUAUCGGUGAAUUGGUUACGAUUGAUUCGGUGGGGUUUACUGCAGCCGGAACCCCGACCAGUGCGGCUGCUACCGUAACGAUUUGAACCACCGCACAACCGCCGCCGGUGCCGUGGUGCUGAAUGUGGUGGGAAAAUGUGGCUCGAAAAGCUGGUGCUGGUGUACUUGCUCACACUGUUUAACUCGCUGGACGGAUACUUUCUGGAUAAUCAUCACCUGCAGAGCAAUGGGCGCCACCGGAGGAAAGACUCCAACGAGGCGAAGGCAGCGCACAGAAACUCAUUAGGUCCAUUACAAAGUCAAUUUAUUACUAAGAAUAACACUAGAGUAAUUAGUCAACGAGGAGGCCUAGCGGUGCUGCCCUGCAGCGUCACCAUGACAACACCAGCCACUGUGUCCUGGUUCCGGCGGAAAGACUACCAGCUGCUGACGGUCGGCCUUUCGACGUACAGCAGCGACGAUCGGUUCCUGGUCGAGCAUACGCGCCACCUCGGCAACUGGGCGCUGCGGAUAAAGAACGCCCGCAAGGAGGACGAAGGACUGUACGAGUGCCAAAUUUCCACCCAUCCACCCCAGUCGAUAUUCAUCGAGCUUAGGAUCGUCGAGGCGGUCGCAGAAAUUCUCGAGGCGCCCGAUUUGCAUAUAGACGAAGGAUCGACGCUGCGACUGGAAUGCAAACUGAAACGUGCCACCGAAAGUCCGCUUUACGUCUUUUGGUAUCACGAGGAUCGGAUGGUGAACUACGAUCAGGAGGACGGUGUGUCCGUGUCGAACAAUAAGCUCACCUCCAGCAUCCUCACGGUGCGGAAUGCGACGGCCCGGCACGGUGGUAACUACACCUGCGCUCCGGCGAACGCGCGCCAAUCGAGUGUUUAUGUGCACGUGCUGAAAGGUGAAAAGCCAGCCGCAAUGCAACAUCCAAACAAGAGCCCGACGGCAACGUCCGGUGCCAGCGCAACGUCACUGACCGCAUAUCGGUGCGGUUGGUUACGGCCAACGGUGCACGGUCCGGGGGCCAGCACGUACGGUCUGCUGCUGGCGAGUUUGCUUCCUGCCACGAUCAGUCUCAUCACGAGCCUGACAUGUUGGUCGGUAGCGUCACCGAGCAGCCCAUCCCGACCGGCGACGGGCCACAAACGACGACGGCACGAGCCUUACCACGUCGCCACACGUCCCGGCCGGUCCGCACCGCACUGUAUACUAACCGUUCUUCUACACUUCGUUAAGACUAUCUUCAGCAAAAGUAUUAAAUUGUUCGAUGUAGUUUAAAAACGGUCUCCCGGUCGGGCGCAUCCGAACAGAGGGCCGGCGCCGGGUAUCGGUCAGCAGCAGACAUACGUAUAAAUAUUUUGUACAGGUUUUCUAGCAUUAAAAUGUUUAGGGUUAAUCUUUACGGGCAAUUAAAGGGGUUCGGAGAGGGAGGGGGGGGAG